AUGGCUGAUCUUAUCCGAGACGUUCUCUCCUACAUCCCCGCGUCAUCGCGGCAGAAAGUGGUCGAUGCCUCUAGCAAAAUGAUGAACGCGGUGGCUGCGAUCAACGCCGUCAACGCCACAGCCUUGCUCACCUUAUUUUCUACAAUCUCACCCGCAAUCCGAUCUGUGAAUGUCACCAUUCACCAACCUGGCGUUGCAAUCGCGCCAUCCCCUCUGCCAGCCCCUAACCCUUCUUCCCAUAGCGAGGAGAUCAUACGCCAAUUUGUCCAGCUAGACCGCACAACGAAGUGGGCCUUGGUCGAAAAGAUCGCCUUCGAAGGUGACACUUACGAGCCUGAAGGCAUUGUGCGCCUGGGCGAUGGCGAGCGGUAUUUUGUCGCAUCCUUUCAGCGCAUAUACCCCUUACCUGGCGACAACUCACCAAACCCGCAUUACGAGGGCUUUGCGCAUUUGCUUAUCUUUGACAGCCAGGGAAGCCGCGUCGCCUCUGCCACUCUUACCGAGUCAGGUGCUGCUGAGCACCAUGCCGGAGGCAUCGACUACGACGGCACGCAUAUCUGGGCGACUCUGGGCCAAAACAAACCCGGCCCAAACUCGACGGCAACGCUGGUGCGAAUCGACCCGGAGACGCUGCACGUAGAGCCAAUGCUUCGUGCUGCGGAUCACUUGGGUGCCGCCGUCCAUGACGUGGAAACGGGAAACGUGCUGACGUUGAACUGGGGCGCUCGUAAGGCGUACGUGUGGAAUCUGCGGUACAAGGCUGCGCCACAACCGGCGUUUACACAACCAAGAGCGCUGGUCGCCAAUCCGAGCCACUGGGUUGAUUAUCAGGACUGUAAGUUCCUGGGUCAUUCGCAGAGAUUUGGGUUCCGGCCAGUCAUGAUUUGCUCCGGCAUCACGAAACUCUAUGGGGCAGUUAUUGGUGGUGUUUCGCUGGUCGAUAUGGAGAGCAUGGUGCCCCUCUACGAGGUCCCCUUAACGAUGCGGAGUGACCAGGGAGCGUUGGUGACAAAGAACCCCAUGGACGUCGCCAUCGUCGAUGGCAAGCUCCGACUGUUUUUCCUGCCUGAUGAAAGGAACUCGACGCUUUAUACGUUUGAGGCGGCGUGA